GUCUUGCGUCUAUUUAUUAUUACUUUAGAUGGUACAUCAAGUAUUUCAUACAGCCUUCCGCGAGAUUUAAUUCAAACUAUAGUCAAUGAAGCUGUGGCCACAAAAGACUGGAGAAGACUUCAUAUUCUUUUUCUUGGCGGUGGAGGGGAGAAACAGUACAGUAACGGUUCAGGAGGUCUCGCAAUGGGAUGCGAUGCAAGCAAUGUUCCCUUAGAAGACAUUAUUCGCUGUGACUUUUCAAAUCUGAGAACAUUCAUAAAUAUCCUACUGGAGCAUAAAGCGAAUGCUAACCCUCAAAAAGGAAGCAGCGAAGAUCUCGUUGACGUCGCCAUUCAGUUAGAAAAAUUUGAUGUGGCAAGUUUGCUGAUGGAUAAGAGGAAUAAGACUGGAGCUGAUGUCAAGACCAGUGCAAAUAACAUACCCCAGAAAACGUUCAGAGCCGAUGGAUUCGAAGCUGCGCGUAAAGGAAAUAACAGUAGAGCCAUCGAGCUUUUACAACUGUCUUUGAAGCACGAGGACACCACGCUUGACGAAAAACGGAAAAUGCUUCAGCUUCUUUGUGAAUUGUACUUUAAAGAAAAGGCCUUUGAUGGUUGUCUUGACACGGGUCAGAAGUUAAAGGAAACUUACAAGGGACAGAAGAAUGAGGUAAAAAUUCUAACGGGAUCUCAGUUUAUUAAGUAAGUUAUUAUCUUACAGGGAGUUGGGACGACGUGUUGCUGAAACGCCUCUUGACGUUUAAUUUGUAUAGGCAUGUAUCGAUCUUAUAUAAUAGUCCGAAAUAUAGAGGAGAAAUUAAUUACAAAACGGCUUACGUCGACUCGUCAGUGAGCUACCUCUGUUUCCCGUGGCUUUUGGAACCGUUUCAAAGCGAUUCCAGCGAGCUAGUUUUCAUUUCACUGUUUUCCUCUCUAUAUAUCAUUCCUCACUGUUUUCCUCUCUAUAUAUCAUUCCUCAAGCUAGAUAGGCCCGAAUGGUGCAGCCCAGCAAAUCGACUGAAGGAAAACAGCUAUAAAUUUGCACUAAGAGUUCCUAUCUCCUGAAGAUUCCAUCGAGAGCAGGUCUGAUAGUUGCUCUAGCCAUUGCUUCCCUUCCACCUCAUAUCCCUUCUCCCACACAAGAUUUCAAACGGUCGGUGCCCGGAACACUUGGUGCUCAACGUAUCAUUCGGACAGGUCUCGAACGUAAAGACUCCCACUCGGAGAACGUUUUCUUCCAGUGAAGUAAAGCA